AUGGCUAUGGAGUUGUGCCUGCCUUUCGAGAACACAUCAACUCGGCAGGCCUCGAAGUAUGGCCGACCUCAUAACACUGUAUUUGCUCCUCUGUGCGACUGGAUUAUUGGCAACAUAUCAGAAAUCAGCAUGAACUUACGCAUCUUAGAAUACCUUUUCUAUUGCCUUGCACCUGUUACCAGUGCAUUAUUCAAUGAUGGGGAUCGGCAUGUGGACGUCAGCGUCGACUAUUUCGAGCUUGCAGGCUCCUCUGGCGUUCCGGCAAUGCAUGCAGCAGUACUCCCGCCGGAUGGAAAAGUCGUAUUUCUCGACAAAGUGGAAAACUACACUGAACUCCUCCUGCCGAACAAACGCUACGCAUACUCCUCUCUAUAUGAUCCGAUAAGUCACCAGUCGUCCCCGCUAUCUGUCACGACAAACCCAUUUUGCUGCGGAGGAGCAUUUCUUCCAGACGGAAGACUGGUCACCAUUGGAGGCAAUGCGCCUUUGCUCUGGCUUGACCCUACCGUUGAUGAUGGCUUUGAUGCGAUCCGCUAUAUCGGAUCAAACAGUUCGACAUACAACUGGAUAGAACCUGGGAACAAAUUGGGCUCCAAGCGAUGGUAUGCCUCAGCACAAACUCUGUCGAAUGGAGAUGUAUUUGUUGCAGCUGGAAGUCUCAAUGGCUUGAACCCGGGUAAUUACAGCAACAACAAUCCGACAUACGAAAUCCUUGGUUCUGAUAGGGUCAGUAAAGGGAAGAGUAUCCCAAUGGAAAUCCUCGUCGAAACCCAACCGUACUAG